UGUUGAUAAACUUCAAAACCAUUUCAUAAAUUUAUGAUAUUCUCCUACAGGAAACAAUAUAUGAUUACAGUAAUUAACCUUUGUCUGAUUUGAUGUUUAUUAAACAGUCGAAAAAAUGUCCAUCCCAAUCAUGGAGAAGUGUUACUUCUCCAACACUUUUUUAUAUUUUAAGGUUAAAAAAAUAUCAUCAUUUGGUGAAAUGAGUAUUGCAAUUACACGGAAGACCACAAUUUCGUCCUAUAAAGUCCGAAAUUAGGUGAAAAUUGAUCUAUGGGUAGUUAGGGAUGUCAAUUGGACGGACUGGGUGGAUUUGGGCGUGUUCAGAUGGGCUUAUUUUUUUCUGGACGUUUUUGGUCGAGUCCAAAUAGGACCAUGUCCAAAUAGGACCAUAUCUAAAUAGGACCAUGACCAGGUGGACUGUCCAUGGAAUCCAAAUGUCCAUUUAAUGUAAAAUAUCUAAUUUUCAAACUUAAAAGAUGUACAUAUUAGAAAUUUGUUUUACAAAACAUACUUAAACUUACUUUAAUUUCAUGUUUUACAAAACAUACUUAAACUUAAAUUUCAUGUUUCACAAAAGAUAUUUAAAAUAUUUGUGAUUUUUUUUUUCUCAAAUAUUUGUGAUUUCAAAUUUUUUUUUAAAAAAAUAUAAGCGUAUUUGGACGGCCCAUGUCCAUUUGGUUUUGUCCAUUGGACUCUGGGCGCAUCUGGGCAUAAUCCAUUUGGACAGAAAUAUUUCGGGCAUAUUUGAGCGUGACCAUAUUAGUCCAUAUCGAUUUGGACAUGGGCCGCCCAUAGACAAUGUGCCUAAUUGACAUCCUUAUGGGUAGUUGAGAAGGCACAGUGAAUUGUGCUUUAGAUAUUUAUCGAGAUUUGUUCGAUCCUUAAUACUAGUGUACUUUAGACUUUUAGAUAUUUUUCAAAAAACAUCUUCUAUCCGCUGCAGCUCCAAGUUUUUUCCAUAAUCGCUCCCGUCAGAGACAGUAACAUACAACAAGCCAUGGAUUCUCAGUCAACAAAGGGCCUCGUUUUUACAGCUGACCUACACUCGCUUGUAGUGUUUUGGUCUCUGUUACAAAACUGAGUUCCAGUUUUAAGCUUCUUCUCAAUUUCCUUUGCUGGGUCCUAGCUCCCACAAAGGAAGACGUUUCUUCACAGGCGGUUAAGCUUCUCUACAGAUCUAUAAUUUAUCUGAUAAUUCAAAGAUGUCUCAGUCACUCACAAACUCCAACAAGAACAAGAUGCAAGUGCAAGUACAAGAGGAGGAGGAGGAUGACCUGGUUAUCCUUCCGGCAGUAGAUAACUCUGAGCUGAUUGCUCGCUUCAAACUCAGCCUAGUUGGAAGACUCUUCAACGGAGAAAGGCGCAGUGUUGAAACUCUUAUUGCUCUCCUCCCAAGGCCAAGUAUCUGGGACGUUGAAGGCAGGGUUCGUGGAGUGGACUUGGGAAACCAACGAUUUCAAUUUGACUUUGAAUCGGAAGAAGAUCUUCAGAAGGUCCUUAGUAAAAGACCAUGCCAUUUCAACAAAUGGUCUUUUGCUCUAGAGAGAUGGGCACCUCAUAUAGGAGACUCCUUCCCAAACACUAUGACUUUUUGGGUUACUGUCAUGGGUAUCCCGACACACUUCUGGCUUGAUCCAAUCUUCAGGACCCUCGGAAGAAGACUUGGAGACGUAGGUUUAGUGGAGGAAAAAACAGCAAAGUUUCAGGUGGUGCUUAAUGCCGAACUCCCCUUGAAGUUUGCUCUGCGUGCGCAGCUCCCCUCAGGGGAAAUUGUUCCGGUUUCCCUGGAAUAUGUUAACCUUCAUCGCUGGUGCCACUCAUGUCGCCGUAUCUCCCAUGAAGUUGAUACUUGCCCGCUGUUAACUGAAGAGCAAAGAGAACAAUUUCGAUUAUCAAAAGAAAAUAACAGAGACCAAGGGCAACAAUCCAGAAUUGAUUCAAAUAGGAAGGGAGACCUUUCAAAGAGAUUCAAUGUAGCUGGACAAAAGCCUCCAAGCUAUCUUGAGAGACGCUCCGGGGAAGGAACUCAAAGAGAUAACAGGGACAGCGUAUGGAAACGUAUUGACUCCCGGUAUGCUCCUAGAGAUGACCACCGUGAGAACAAUCGUCAGGCACCGAGAGACCGUGACCGUGAUAUCUUACCCCCUAGCAAAGAGACUUACAACAAGCGUAGGUAUGAUGAUUCUUUCGCUGCAAGCAAACAUCGGGAAGAAACUCGGAGAGCGGAGAGAAAACAUGUACCUACAGCCCAGAGCUCUAAGGGAGGGAGAGCACCCGAAGGCCCUCGUGAUAAUAAAGCUGCUCGGCCAUCAUCUAGCUCUAAGGGAGAGAGAGAAGCUGACGAUCCUCCCUAUACUCAGCUUGAACAGCCACAACCGGCUAAACAGAUCAUCUCCUCCCCAGAUCAUGUCAGGGAAAGACCGUUUAGAUUGUCUCUCCAGAAAAACUCUUCUGGUGAUUUGAAACUGAAAGGAAAAAUAGGCGAUAUGGGAGACUCCUCUGAAUCCGUAAGCUCGGCAAAAAAGAGUCUCAACUUUGCAGAUAAGGCUAAUCAGUCCCCAUCCAGAUCCCAACCUCCCCUGCUACCUGUUUCCAGCGAGGAAAAGAGGAAAAAAAGUUGGUACGAGAUGACAAUGGAGGAGGAAGAGGAGGCUAUCAAAACAAAUACUGAAGCUGAUUUCAAUACUCACUUGGGGGAGACAGAGCUGAAUGAAAUUAACGAUCCUAAUGAGGAUAAAAUUCUGGAAGAGGAUGAUUGGAUAAUUAAUGGUGAAACCUUUGAUGUUGAUGAUGAUGAUCUGAUGGACGAAGAUGAACUGCUGUACGAUGAGAAUCACAAGGAGGAGGAGACUGAACAGUCGAUGGAUUCAAAACUCAUGUCUCAGGCAGGGGAGAGUUCAAUCGGAGCGAAAGAUAACUUCAAGGAGACGAAGACAGACGAGACACUGAACCGGCUUGGGGGGAUCGCGAUUGGGCCUAGCUCCAGUCGAGAGAGAGGAGAAGGGAGAGAGAAGCAAUCACCAUCUCAUCUACUGCAAUCUCCGUUCAAGAAGAAGAAGGGCUCACCAAACACUCACGCUGCCGGAUUAUCUUUGAGGAAGAGGAAUAUGAUUAAGGGUCGGGCCUCACCCAAAUUCAAGGAGGCAAAAGAUGGGCCGCCUAUGGGCUCUAAAUCCUCUAUGGGUCAGUUAGAAAAAAUGCAUGGUGGAGGUAAAGAAGAAGCACUUACGAAGACUAAGAACAAAGCUGCGAAGGUGGGAAGCAAACCACCCAAGAUCCCCAAAUGAAUACAGUAGCAUGGAAUUGUCAAGGUGCGGGUGCCGACCUUACAAAGGAGCACCUCGAAGAACUAUAUCAUUGCUUUUUACCUAGAUUUUUAUUUCUUUCGGAGACUAAAAACAAUCGGAAUUUCUUGCAAGAUGUGCAAGUUUCUUUUGGAUAUGAUCAUGUUUGUACUGUUGACCCGGUUGGUCGAAGUGGAGGUUUAGCCCUUUUUUACAUGGAGGAUCCGUCA